AUGGAUAUAGUGGAUAAUAUCAUGGACAGAUACAGGGAUAGGAAUAUCCCUAUAGAAAAGUUUGAAUUAUCAAAGUCUUACUAUAGUUGUCCUUCUAGAAUUGUCCCUCUGUUUUAUAGGUGGCUUGACGUUGCACUUGAGAAUGGUGUAAAAUAUUUGGUGUUUAGAAUCCGCAACCUCCCAUUACCUAUUUUCACAAUCUUGGCAGCAAAAUCUUUAAAAGAAUUGGUUCUGACCAACUGUGAUCUGACACGUGCCUCAUUAUCUAGCGGUGUGGUGAACUGUCCUUCUUUAAGAAAGCUUUCUCUAAUUAGGGUAUAUUUAGAUGAAGACAUGCUUCAUACUCUACUUAAUAGCUGUCCGAUGAUAGAAUCUUUCACCCUAAAAGAUUGUAUGGAUUUGAUAAAGAUUGAGCUACUAAAUCUUCAAAAGAUCAAGUCAGUUUCCAUUUGGAACAAUAUUAACCAGCAUAUUAAGAUCGAAGCACCAACUCUUGAACACUUGUCUUAUUCUGGUUAUCCAUGGGAAGAAUUGAAUGUUGUUGAAUGUCAGAAUCUGAAAUCUUUAGAACUAUCACAUAUGUAUAUAUAUGAUCCAUCAUUUUACAACCUUAUUUCUAGAUGUCAAUCACUGAAGGUCUUAAAGUUUCAACAUUGUUGGUGCACAGGGAGGAUUGAGGCUCCGAAUUUGGUAUCGCUUGAGUAUAUGGGGGAUCAAAUUCCUGAACUCAAAAUUGUACGAGAGUCAAGCCAAUUGGAGCACUCAAAAAUCAUUCUUCUUCGAUUCUAUGAAAAUAUAGAUGCUUCAUGGUUUUGUAAGUUGAGGAAGUUUCUAUCAAAUUUGAUCUCUUGGUCUCAAGUCUCCCUUUAUUUUUACCAAUGCGGUGAGAUCAACGUGAAAGAUUUGCAAUUGGAUCACAGAGUUGAUAUCCCAUAA